UGGAUGGAGCGUCACCAUGUUUUGCUUUCUUGUUCUGUCUGAUGUGGCCAGGACUUCCAGGGGUAGCUUUAGGCAACUGCAUAAUUCAACAAUUAAGCCUGGAUUUCCUGUCCCCAUCAAGACCAGUGACCCAGGAGUACAGAAAGCAGCUAGGUAUGGUGUUUACACAUACAACAACAGCUCCAAUGACAUCUUUCUGUUCAAAGAAUCUUGCAUAAACAAAGCUACAGUGCAGAUUGUGAGAGGGCUGAAAUACAACCUUGAUGUUGAUAUAUGCCGGACAGAAUGCACCAAAAGGAAACACCCCAGCUUGGAUCGAUGCCAUUUUCAGAAGCACAAGAAACUGAGACAAACAUUCAGAUGUUAUUUUGAAGUCUGGCUUAUUCCUUGGUUGCAGAGAGUUGAGGUACUAGUCUCUCACUGUCAAUGACUUCUCCUCAGUUACAGCUA